AUGUCGACGUCGACUGCUUGCUGUUCACGAACCCCAAUUGGGACCAGUGAAUCAGUCCCGGUCCACAAGAUUGCUGGGUUGGACACAUAUGUUGCUGGCAACACCUCGUCCAAGAAUGGAGUCAUUAUCGUCCACGACAUCUUCGGAUUCUAUCCUCAAACACUCAAGGGUGCCGAUCGCCUGGCCGAGCAGCUCAAUGCCGUAGCUCUGGUGCCGGACUACUUGGAGGGCGUAUAUGCCGACCACUCUUGGAUCCCUCCUGAUACCGAGGAGAAAAAGGCUGCCUUUGGCGCGUUCUUUGUCAACACCGCGGCGCCGCCUAAAGUGAUCCCCAAGGUCCAGGCUACCAUCGCCGAGGCCAAGACCAAGUUCCCCAGUGUCGAGAAAUGGGCUAUCCUGGGGGUGUGCUGGGGUGGAAAGCUCGCGGCUCUGACCAGCACAGAGGGAACCGAAUUCGCCGUCUCGGGACAGGUCCACCCAGGUCUUCUUGACCCGAACGAUGCCAAGGCCAUUACGACUCCUCACAUCGUGCUCGCCUCCAAGGACGAGGACGCGGCUAUCAUGGCUGAAUACAAGACCGCGCUCGAAGGCCGAGCUGGCCUCGACUCGUACGUCGACACUUACCCGAACAUGCACCACGGCUGGAUGGGUGCCCGGGCCAACCUGGAAGAUGCCGAGAACAAGAAAGAGUUUGAGCGAGGAUACAAGGAGAUUGGAGACUUCUUUGCCAAGUAUCUCGAUGUAUAUAGUUGGACCGAUACCGCCAUGAGCAAAGACUCCCAUUUCGCCCGCCCCGUGAGCCGACAACGGAAGAGGGUGCGGUUUAUACUGCUGUGCAUUGUCGGGGCCGGGCUUUUCCUGUUCUUGUACAACUAUAACCAGCGUGCGCAGCUUAUUUCGUCUAUCCAGAGCCAUGUGGACUCGGCGACCACCGGUGGGAAUACUGGUGGAAACCCAGGAGGAGGCACAGCAGCAGACAUAAUUGCAAACCUAGGCGCAAGCAAAGGAGCCAACACAGACGCAAGCACUGGGGCAACGACUGGUGGCUCGAAUGUGGCCGCCGCUCCGCAUGCAUGCCACGAAGACCCAAGCAUUGUGAACAACUAUAACCUCAAGUUCGGUGCAAAGUACACUCGUCGUUCGAUCCAGGUCACCACUCUCCACGGCAGAAACACGCCACUUUCCACCCCGUUGGACGUGAAUUUGUUCGAAACCGAACCCGGCACUCCUGACGCCAGCUGUCCUCCCCCGAUUAUGGUGCAAGUCCCCGCUUCGCCUCCACCUGUGGACGCCUCGCAUAUCGAUUUCGCCAUUUCGACGACCAUGGAGCGACUACUCGACUCGAUGGACGCAUUUUCCGCUUGGGCAGGCGAUACCAACGCUCGGUUUAUGGUCUUCAUUGAGGUAGGCGCGAACAAGCGGCAGGCUGAGCGCAAGGCCAAGUACUUGGGUUUGAAUGUUGAGUUGUUUGAGUCGGAUCUCGACUACGAAAACCGUUAUUCUUUGCUGGUCAAGCUCCUGGCCGAAAAUGCUCGUCCGCAGACGAAAUGGGGAUGCAUUAUGGACGAUGAUACCUUUUUUUUGUCGAUGCCCCGGCUGGCCAACAUGCUGAGCCGAUACGAUGAGACCCAGCCCCACUACAUUGGAUCCUUGACCGAGUGUGAUGUCCAACUGUCCUCGUUUGGAAUUUUCGCAUACGGCGGCGCUGGCAUGUUCCUCUCUCGACCUCUGCUGGACGAGCUCGGCAAGGUGUGGGACGAGUGCGAUGCUGGAACCGACCACGGAGACGGAAAGAUUGCCCACUGUGUGUAUCAGUUUACGCGUACCAAGAUUGAGAUUGCCGAAGAACUGCACCAGUUGGAUCUGAGGGGCGAUGCUUCUGGCUGGUUCGAGGCUGCGCGCACUGUGCCCGUGUCUCUUCACCACUGGAAGUCAUGGUUCAACGCAGACAUGGUCAAGCUGACUGCAGUGAGCGAGGUGUGUGGUGUUGAAUGCGUGCUUCGCCAGUGGAAGUUCGCCGAUGGCUGGAUCCUGACCAACGGAUACUCAGUCAUUCACCACGGCGCCAGCGUCUCCGACGACGAAGGCGCCUUUGCCAUGGAAUUCACCUGGGAAGACAUCAACGGGUCGAACGAAGAGUCGUAUGUCCGCGCCCUCGGCCCUCUUCGGCCCAAGGAGCAUGACAAGGUCUCGUUCCAGUUGGAAGACGUUCUUAUCGAGGGUGGCUCGAUUCGUCAGAUUUACAUUCUUCGCGACGAGAAGGAAGGUGACCACCUUUUGGAAUUGGUGUGGCAUCUGUCCUCAUAA